AUGCUGGAAGAAGCAAAUAUGAGAGCCGAUAAGCUGUUGGGUCAGCUGCUACCGGCAUGUGUUGCCAGUGAGUUGAAGCUAGGGAAACCACGACAUUGUCGGUUUUCACUGGAAGCGUAUGCCAAACUGGCCUCUCCACUUGCGAAGUACGUCAAUUAUUUGAUGGGUUUUGAUCAGUUCAUUGCAAGAAGGGACGCAUACAAGGUGGAAACGAUCGGAGACGCUUACAUGGUCGUUUCUGGAGUACCGGAGGAGAAUGGGCAUCGGCACAUAAAUGAAAUCGCUGGCAUAGCUAUAGACGUCAACAAGUAUCUGACUGAGUUCAGUGUUCCGCAUAAGCCUGAUCAGAGGGUGGUCUGCCGUCUCGGAUUCCACACA